AUGCUGUCGAGAGUAAGACUGUUGGGUGGUCGCACCGGUGUUUCUAGCAGCGGCAUUGCUGGUGCUGGUGCUAGAAGACUGUUGUCUUCGACUGCUGUUAGAAGAGCUCAGGUUGAGUUAACGAUUGACGGUAAAAAAGUGUCGAUUGAGGCUGGGUCUGCUCUUAUUCAGGCCUGUGAAAAGGCUGGUGUUACAGUUCCUCGUUAUUGUUACCAUGAAAAGCUUGCUAUUGCUGGUAACUGUAGAAUGUGUUUGGUCGAUGUUGAAAGAGCUCCUAAGCCCGUGGCUUCGUGUGCUUUCCCAGUAGCUCCUGGUAUGGUUGUUCGUACCGAUACUGAACGAGUUAAGAAGGCUAGAGAAGGUGUUACAGAGAUGAUUUUGGCCAACCAUCCUUUGGAUUGUCCUGUAUGUGACCAAGGUGGUGAAUGUGAUUUACAAGAUCAAUCUCUUAGAUACGGUUCAGACCGUGGUAGAUUCAAGGAGAUUGCUGGUAAACGUGCUACUGAAGACAAGGAUAUCGGUCCUUUGGUCAAGACUUCUAUGAACAGAUGUAUUCAAUGUACCAGAUGUAUCAGAUUUGCCAACGAUGUUGCAGGAGCUCCCGAACUUGGUUCAUCGGGUCGUGGUAAUGAGAUGCAAAUCGGUACUUAUAUCGAACAGAAUUUGAAGUCCGAGUUGUCUGGUAAUGUCAUUGACUUGUGUCCUGUUGGAGCUUUGACUUCAAAACCAUAUGCUUUCAAGGCUAGACCUUGGGAAUUGAAGAAGACUGAGACCAUUGAUGUGUUUGAUGCUCUUGGAAGUAAUAUUCGGGUCGACUCCAGAGGUACUGCUGUCAUGAGAGUUCUCCCUCGAUUGAAUGAUGAUAUUAAUGAAGAAUGGAUCAGUGAUAAGACGAGAUUUGCUGUCGAUGGUCUUAACACUCAGAGAUUGACCAAGCCUCUGAUAAAGGUUGGUGAUGCUUUCCAAGAUGCUACUUGGGAAGAUGUUUUGGUGACUAUCCAAGAAAAGGUCAAGGCUCUUAAUAUCAAGGGAGACGAGUUCAAGGCCAUUGCUGGUGAUCUUGUUGAUGUCGAGUCUUUAGUGGCUCUUAAGGAUCUUACCAACAAACUGGGUUCUGAAAACCUUGCUCUUGACCACAAGGGCGGUAACUUACCACCUGCUCACGGUGUCGAUAUCCGAAGUAACUACCUGUUCAACUCAAGCAUCCGUGGUAUUGACCAAGCCGAUGUUAUUCUGUUAGUUGGUACCAAUCCUCGUCAUGAAGCCGCUGUUCUUAAUGCCCGUAUUAGAAAGCAGUUCCUUAACUCGGAGGUUGAAAUCGGUCUUAUUGGUGAGGAGUUCGAUUCGACCUUCUGGGUGGAGAAUUUCGGUAACGAUCAUGCUUCGCUUGUCAAGGCUCUUGAAGGUGAGUUUGGAAAGAAGCUUGCCAACGCCAAGAACCCUCUUAUCAUCACUGGUAGUGGUGUUGUUGAGAACAGUGAUGCCAGUGCUAUUUUCAAGACCAUUGGUGACUUCGUCGUCAAGCACAAGAACAACUUCUUGACUGAAAACUGGAACGGAUACAAUUUAUUGCACCGUGCUGCUUCUCGUGCCGGAGCUUAUGAAGUUGGAUUCGCUCCUCCUUCUGCCGAAAUCGCCAAAGUCACUCCCAAGGUUGUAUACCUGCUAGGAGCCGAUGAGGUGCAAGCUCAAGAUAUUCCUAAAGAUGCAUUUGUCAUCUACCAAGGACACCACGGAGAUGUUGGAGCUUCGUUUGCCGACGUUAUCCUGCCAGGUGCCGCAUACACCGAGAAAUCGGCCACUUAUGUCAACACCGAGGGUCGUGCCCAGACCACUCGUGCCGCCGUUGCUCCACCCGGCGCUGCUCGUGAAGACUGGAAGAUCAUUCGUGCCGUUGCCGACGUGCUAGACGUGGAACUGCCCUACGACGACAUCGAGCAAAUCCGGUCUCGUGUGGCCGACAUCGCUCCCAACCUUGUAUACUACGACGUUGUUGAGCCCUCGUCACUAGCCGAGGUCGGUGUCAAAGUCCAACUGGUGGACAACAACCACUCCGCCACUGCCACUGGUGCCCCACUGACCAAAGUCAUCGACAACUUCUACUUCACAGACGCCAUCUCCAGGAGCUCGCCAACCAUGGCCAAGAGCUCGGUCGCAUUCAAUAACUAA